UGACUUCCCAGUGAGUCACACUGCCGGCUAUAAAGGCACUGAGCGGCUAUAAAGGCACUGAGCGGCUGUGGGUUCUGUCAGGACAGACACGUUCCCAGGAGUCAGUUUGUGAGUGUAAGGGAAGUGCCCAUAAAAGAGCAGAGGCCGCCAUGCCAGCAGAGGAUCCUAUUAAUAUGGGGAAUAAUGAAGAGGAAAAGUGCAAGGAUAAAGCACAAGAUGACACGGUCAUCGAAGAAAAGAAGGAACGAGAAAAGCAAAAGGCUGUUGGCGUAAUCCAAAUCUUCCGUUUUGCAGACAAGCUGGAUAUUUUCUUAAUGGUCAUUGGCUUGAUCGGCGCAGCAGGAAAUGGCCUCUGCCUUCCCAUGUUGAACUUGGUGUACGGACAAGUAACUGACAGCAUUUUGUGCUUUAACUCAUCAAUACAAAACUCAUCAGAAUGUAACAAGUUCAAGCCGCUGGGAGAACAGAUGACAAUUUUUGCAUUGUAUUAUGUGGCAAUAGGAGCCGCUGUUAUAGUUUCUGGUUAUGCCCAAGUUUCCUUUUGGGUUUUAGCUGCUGCCAGACAGACGCGGAAAAUGAGGCAAGCUUUCUUCCGUUCCGUCUUGUCCCAAGAAAUGAGUUGGUUCGACAUCAAUAAAUCUGGAGAAAUCAACACCCGGCUGAACGAGGACAUUACUAAAAUCAAUGAUGGCAUUGGAGACAAAAUUGGUCAUCUUUUCCAAAAUGUUUCAACGUUCAUAGCUGGAAUAAUUGUUGCCCUGGCCACAGGGUGGGAACUUGCACUUGUGUAUAUAGCAGCAAGUCCACUUAUUGCACUGUCAGCCGCAUUUUGCUCAAAGAUGCUGGUGUCACUAACAAGUAAGGAGCUCUCGGCUUACGCUGCAGCUGGGGCAGUAGCUGAAGAAGUUCUCUCGUCAAUAAGGACAGUUGUGGCAUUUGGAGGACAAGAAAGAGAAAUUAAGAGAUAUACAAACAAUUUGGAAGAGGCAAAAAAAAUUGGUAUAAAAAGAGCCAUUGUUUCCCAGCUGGCACUUGGCCUUGUGUUCUUGUUUAUCUAUUGUUCUUACGGGCUUGGAUUUUGGUACGGCACCAUUGUCAUUCUUCAGAAUAAAGGAUACACCAUUGGAGAUGCCCUUGUGAUUUUCUUUUCUGUGGCUAACAGCAGCUUCUGCAUUGGCCAGGCCUCUUCUCAUUUCGAGGCAUUUUCUAUAGCACGAGGCGCCGCUUAUAAAAUCUUUAAUGUCAUGGAUCAGACUGCUACAAUAGACAACUACAUGACAGAAGGGCAUCGACCCGAGAACAUGAAAGGAAAUGUCGAGUUUAAAAACGUUUCUUUUUCUUAUCCGUCAAGACCAAACGUUCAGAUCUUAAAAGGACUAAAUUUAAAGAUAAAAUCUGGACAAACAGUGGCCUUGGUUGGUCAGAGUGGCUGUGGCAAAAGUACAACUGUUCAGCUUCUCCAGAGGCUCUAUGACGCACAGGAGGGCACGGUCACUGUCGAUGGCCACGAUAUCCGGUCACUGAACGUGGGACAUUACAGAGAAUUCAUUGGAGUGGUCAGCCAAGAGCCGGUACUGUUUGGAACCACCAUUAAAAACAACAUUAAAUAUGGGAGAGAAAAUGUGACUGAUCUGGAAAUUGAAAAGGCGGUUAAGGAAGCGAACGCCUACGAUUUCAUUAUGGCGCUGCCGGAUAAGUAUGACACUCUGGUUGGAGAACGAGGUGCACAGCUGAGUGGCGGCCAGAAACAACGGAUAGCGAUUGCUAGAGCCUUGGUGCGGAACCCUAAGAUCCUUCUGCUGGAUGAGGCCACAUCCGCUCUGGAUACUGAGAGUGAAUCUGUAGUGCAAGACGCCCUAGAGAAGGCCAGUGCAGGCCGGACCACCAUUGUCAUAGCCCAUCGUCUCAGUACCGUUUGGACAGCAGAUGUUAUAGUGGUAAUAGAAAAUGGUGCUGUGGCGGAACAAGGGACCCAUAAGGAAUUAAUGGAGAAGAAAGGCAUUUACCAUUCACUAGUUACAGCCCAGUCCAUUGAUGCAGCAGAAACUGAUAAGCAGACGGAGACAGCACAGGAGAUGAACAGAAAGCCGUCACUUGUAAAACGCCUCAGCUCCAAAAUCUCAACUCGAUCGGAACACUUGGAGGAGGAAGAGGAAAAGGAAGAUGUGAAAGAGGAAUCUCUCCCUAAAGUUUCCUUCUUCAAGAUUUUGAAUCUAAACAAAUCCGAGUGGCCUUAUAUCCUUAUUGGGACUCUGGCGGCCAUCAUAAAUGGGGGAGCACAUCCGGCCUUUUGUAUCUUUUUUGCCAAAGUUUCAGCUGUUUUUAGCACUAAUGAUCCCGAAAGAAUUCAGAGGGAAGCGAAUUUGUAUUCCAUCAUUUUUGCAGUUAUUGGAGUAAUUUCUUUUCUGACCUAUUUCCUCCAGGGUUUUAUGUUUGGAAGAUCAGGGGAAGUCCUAACAAUGCGAGUAAGACAAAUGGCAUUCAAAGCCAUGCUGCGCCAGGAAAUGUCAUGGUUCGAUGAUAAGAAAAAUAGCACAGGGGCUUUAACAACAAGACUUGCUACCGACGCUUCCCAAAUUCAGAUGGCAACAGGUUCCAGACUCGGAUUAAUUGCAGAGAACGUGGCAUGUAUGGGACUGUCUGUUAUAAUUGCCUUUGUUUAUGGCUGGGAACUGACCCUUCUGAUUUUGGCUAUGACUCCUUUUAUUAUUGUAACUGGAUUACUUGAGACCAGCGCUCUCACUGGCUUUGCUAAUCGUGAUAAAAAAGAGCUUCAGGUUGCUGGAAAGAUUGCAGCAGAAACUGUGGAUAAUAUCCGAACCGUCAUUUCUCUAACUAGGGAAAGAGCCUUUGAAGAAAUGUACGCAGAGAGCCUCCAGAAACCAUACAGGAAUUCCCAGAAGAGAGCUCAGGUAUAUGGCAUUUGCUUUGCGCUCAGUCAAUCAUUUAUAUAUUUCUCCUACGCGGCAACAUUUCGAUUCGGGGGUCUUAUGUUGGAACUUGGACGAACAAAUUCAGAGGAACUGAUUCUAGUAUUUGCCAUUGUAACCUAUGGAGCGAUGUCAGUUGGGCAAAGUUUAUCCUUUGCACCCGAUUAUUCCAAGGCCAAAUCUGCUGCUUCCCAUCUUUUUGCCUUGUUUGAACGAGAACCUGCCAUUGACAGCUAUUGUCAGCAAGGGCAGAAACCAGAAACAUUUCAAGGAUCUGUAGAAUUACGCAAAGUUUCCUUCAAUUAUCCAUCUCGGCCGGACGUCCCCGUACUCCAAGGGUUGUCUAUUAAAAUACAGAGCGGCCAAACAGUGGCAUUUGUUGGUAGCAGUGGAUGUGGGAAAAGUACAUCUGUCCAGCUUCUUCAGAGGUUCUACGACCCAUACCAAGGUGAUGUGUUGUUUGACAACUUGGAUGCCAAAUGUUUAAAUAUCCAGUGGCUCCGUUCCCAAAUUGCAAUUGUGUCCCAAGAGCCAGUCCUGUUUGACUGCAGCAUCGCCGAGAACAUUGCUUAUGGGGACAACUCCCGCGCCGUGCCAAUGGAGGAAAUACAAAGGGCAGCCAAAGCUGCCAAUAUCCACUCCUUCAUAGAAGGACUACCUGAGAAAUAUAACACAAAGGUUGGAGGGAAAGGAACACAACUAUCUGGAGGACAGAAGCAAAGAAUUGCCAUUGCCAGAGCUCUUGUUCGGAAGCCCAAACUGCUACUGCUGGAUGAAGCCACUUCGGCUUUAGACAAUGAAAGUGAAAAGAUUGUACAGCAAGCCCUGGACCAAGCAAGACAAGGAAGAACUUGUAUCCUAAUAGCACACAGAUUAUCGACAGUGCAAAAUGCCGAUGUUAUUGUCGUAAUGAAGAAUGGCAGAAUCAUAGAACUUGGGAACCACCAACAACUUCUGGCAAAACGAGGGACGUAUUUUGAUUUAGUAAAUGCACAAACAAUCACAUAAUAAUAAAACACAGAGGAAUGAUGAUUAAUUAAUGAGAAAAUCUGCACUUGAUGAUGCAGCCACCAUGAUGGAAACUGGAGACCGGAACGGGCGGUAACACAGGGUCGGACUGGCGUACCAGGGGCCUACCAGAGAAUCUACUCCAGGGGCCACCACACGUGAACACAGACGAGCUACACGUUACACGUUUAUCAUCUGCAACAUUUUAGCAGCGGGUUUCAGUGAGGCCUUCAGUAUUUGUUACUAUAUAUGAAAAGCUUAAUUAUUUUUUAAAUAUACACCUAUAUGAAAUGCACAUAAUGGCACAUAAUGGCAAUGACACUUACCAGGAGAGACAUCACUGUGACAGGGAAAUGUUAUAUUUACUGUGCUCUGUACAUGAGAAGUAAAAUAAAGCAGUUUUUCAUACCCAGACAAAUAUAAA